AAAGAAAUUAAACUAUGACCGCCGUAUCGUGGAAAAAGAAUAAAUACUGAUGAUGUUGUCCCUCUUUUCCAAAAAUAAUCUAGUUUUCUCUUUUGCAACUAAUUGUAAGUUUUACCUGUUCUAGCUAUUCAAUGAAAAAGGAAAGACAAGCUUCCAAGUGUUCCGGAGAGACCGACCUUUCCCAUAAAGACGCAGAGUCUCAUAAGGAAUCCGAAUCUUCAUCACUACCUGAAGACUCAGAGAAAAUUUCUCCACCACCUCCCAUUGGGAAGAAAUUAUUGUGGUUAUUUUUGUUCGUCAUAACUGUGUUACAAGUUGUUGUUCUCACCCAGGGUAAAUUUGAUAAUCCAUUCAAUAUUGAUGCCGAUUUCAAAAUCUUUUUCAAUCCUUCUCAUUCACAAAGAGCUACAUUUUUCGCUAUAAAGCUAGUAGCUAUUGUUUUCAGUGGAUUGUUACUAUGUGUGUGGUGGUCAGCUGAUAUUUCCACCAUUUUCUUGGCUUUUAUCUCUGCCAAUAUUAUUCAAGUAUUGAUUGCUAUUGCCUUGAUUCAAAUUAAUCUUGAUUUAAUAAAUUUAACAUUAUCCCGACCUGCCAAGAAAAUGCACAAUUUAUUUAUAUUGACUGGUUGUUUUUUGAUCGGUCAAUCAAUGAUUGGUGUGGUGAUUCUGGUGUUAAUCAAUGAUAAGAAUAGAUUACAUGAAUUAAUGGGGUUGUUACUUUUCUUGUAUGAUACUGUGGUAGUCUUAUUAGGUCUUUUGUUGUUAAGUUGUACCAUUUUAUCUGGUGUCAAAGAGGGGUACCACCCUAUGUUUAUUGAAGAAGUUCCAGUUAGUAUCCCAAUCUUGUUUGGUUGUGCUGUUGUCAUGAGUCUUCUUUGUUUUGCAUGUACUCGUUAUUUCAGAAAGAGAACAUUAACCACUAAUCUCUUGGUUGAAGAAUACGAUUUAAUGGGAUUAACUGAUUACCAAAAGCAAGGUUGGGCUAAGUUAAUUAACUUAAAUAAGAAGUACAAUGCUGGUAUUUCGGGUGAGCAUAUUGUUUCCUUGAUGGAAAACUACAGUCAUUCUAGUUUGGAGGGUAUGACAUGCAAGAUCCUUAGAGUCUACAGAGAUAAACCCCAUGAAACUCCCACCAAACCAGGCGCAAUAAACAAAUUUAUUAAGAAAAAGAUCGAAGAGAAAGCGAAAUUAAACACUGCAUUCAAUGAAUUAGACCGUGAAGCAGUAUUGUUUCAAAAUGAUCCUAAUCUGAAAGAAGAAGAAGAAGCUGACCCUCUUGAAGUCUAUAAACCAAUUUCCAAGAAUGCCUUAAAAAAACUCCAGAAGAAGAGCAAACAAAAGAAACAAGCUAUGGACCUUAAGAGCUUGGAAGCAAACACAGAAAAGUUCUACCAAGAAUUGAUGGAGACCGAAGCAUUAGUGUUAUUGACUGUCAUUGAAGAAUUUGAUUUAUGUGAACGUAUUCCAGGAAAGGUUGGAACAUUCUUGGGCAAAUACUUUGGUAAGAAUGGGAAAUACCCCAUACUUGUUGUUAAGUUUGGUUUAUUGGGUUUCCAUUGGCCAUUCAAGAGAUCUACAUUCUAUUGUAGUGCCACUAAGAAACCGGUUGCUCGAGGUGCUGCCGUUUUAUACACUCUUUCAGAAUGGAACAAAAAGAAUGAAAAAUGUACUGUACUUAUGGAUCCUUUAUAUUCUGAUUAUAACUUCGAAGAAGGUGUGACUUAUUCUGGAUGGUACAAGAUUAAACUUCCAAACUCCCAUAUUAUUGACCUUCGUCCGUUCCGAAAUCAAAAACCAACCGAUUAUUUUAAAGCUAUUAAAUAUAGAACUCAAGAAAAUACUUUCAAACUGGCCAAUGGUGAAGUUUGGGAAACUGAUCAAUUCAAUUAUGAAAACUGUUCCCUGAUCAUCAAUAUGAAUUUGAAUAUUGCUAAUAAUAGAGCUCUGUCGGGACAAUCCUCCCAAUUAAUGUAUCCUGACUGGGAAUUCAUUUCCAAUUUAGGAAACUAUUCGAAUGAAAACAAAUAUAGGACUUUACUUUAUUUAAAAGUUGAUGGUAAGAUUAUUGCCUCAUGUGUCAUUUUCAGGUUAGGUGAAACCAUGACCUCAGAUAUACAAGGGUUAGAUCACGAAACUUCUAAGAAAUAUAAAGCAUAUUUUGUGAUGAUGCAAGAAGUUAUUAGGAUGGGAUUAGAAGAAAAGGUCUCGUUUAUUGAUUUCGGACCAACUACUGAAGAAGCCAAGGUUUCGAUUGGUUGUAAAGUGGUUCCAUUGACUGGAUGUGUAUAUCCAAGAAAUGCAUUCAUGGGGCCAAUUAUCAAAUUUGCUGCUAGUAAAGUUGAUGUUUAAACAAAAAAAAAAAAACAAAAAAAUUUUUUUUUAACAAAAUUUUUAUAUAUUAUCUACAAGGCUUUUAUAGUUAAGAAAAACAUUAAUUUAUUGA